AUGACGUCUGGAGCCACCCACCUUCUCUCUCUCACCUCUCUGAUUACUGCUUCUGUCCAAGAAAUCAUUUCGAUAUAUCCAAAUAUCCCACAUCCUGAUUCUACCUCCCUCGGCAUAUAUGAUCUUCCUGAAAAUGUUCCCCCAGAGCUCACUAGGGCCAUCCAGCGAGUUGAGGCGGCGUGUGCACAACUGAGUUGUGCCGUCGCCAGCCCUGGGCAUGUCGUCUUGAAUAAAACGCUGCUGCACGCGGAACCGGCUUCUCUUCUCGUCGUUACCCAAGCCCGUAUCGCAGAUUAUCUUCUUGGUAAACCUGAUGGGCUUCAUAUCUCGGAGUUAGCGCGACUAUCAGGACUCGAUGAAGGCAAACUGGGGAGGAUCCUUCGCUUAUUGGUGACAAGUCAUGUUUUCUGUGAAGUAAAGCCAAACGUAUUUUCAAACAACCGAUUGAGCAUGAAGCUCCUCAAAUCGGACCCGGUCUCUGAUACCGUCUGCCUGUUAACAGACGAAAGCCUGAUGGCAUCGUCUUAUCUCAACGAGAGUAUGAUCGCUAAGGACGGCUCGAAGACUCCAUUCGAGCGGGCGACAGGACUUCCUUUCUUUGAAUACCAUAAGACCCCGGAAGGAAAGGCAAAAGGUGAUCGUUUUCCUCGUGCGAUGGUCGGUUGGGGAAACGUUACAGGCAAGGGGUUACUAGCUAUGGUCUAUCCAUGGGAGCAACAGCCAGUUGAUACGACCAUAUGUGAUGUCGCUGGAGGCAACGGACACGUCACGAUGGCCCUGAUGAAAGCGCAUCCGCACCUCAAAGUCGUACUACAAGAUCAGGAACAAGUUAUUAUAAUGGGAAAACAAUUUUGGAAUCAAGAAUACCCGGAAGCAGUAGAAAGAGAGAGGGUGCAAUUCGUACCUUUCAAUUUCUUCCAAGAUACUGCAGCGGAGGGCUGCGAUUUCUAUUAUAUCCGCUCCAUUUUGCGAGACUGGCCCGAUGAGCAGAGUUUUUUAAUCCUCAGCAACGUGCGGAAGGCUAUGAAGCCUUCAAGCAGGCUUAUCAUCCAUGACACUGUCCUCCGACAAGCUGUGCGCACAACGUCUGCCUCUCCUAGCCAAGAUGCUACGUUGAAAGACGUCGCUCCAGAGCCACUCUUACCGAAUUAUGGAGCUGCUCGGAUACGGACGUACGAGCUCGAUAUGAUCAUGAUGAACCUCUUGGGGAGUGCAGCGCGGACUCUCGAUGAGUUCCUAGUGCUAUGUGGUAAAUGUAAUUUUAAGUUUGAGAAACUUUACGAGGUGGGGGAAACCGAUCUGAUUGAAUUUAGUCCAAUCUAA